AUGAAGAACAUUUUAGCACUGGUUUACGUUCUAGUAACGUUAAAUUCUUGCCUCUCCUUGCAACUACCACCUGGUUUCAAGAAAUGCGACGCCAGUAAACCGGAUUUUAACAGUUGCUUGUCUGAAGCUAUUCCUUGUGCUAUCAAACAACUGACUAAACCCAUCCCUGAGUAUGGUUUACCUCAACUGGAACCGUUUUUGGUCCCCGAAAAAUCCAACUGCGAAUUUGGUAACGAAACCAUGGCCAUUCGACAAAAGUACUCCAACUUUAGGCUGUAUGGUUUAACAAAAAUAGAUAAAGGGAAGGCGGUAUGGGACUGCAAAAAUAAGGCUUUGGAAUUGGAACUUUACUACGACAAAAUCGUAAUCGUCGUUGACUACGAGCUCGUUGGCAGAAUUGUUUUGCUGCCGGUAAACGUAUCAACAAAAGUGGGUGUCGAGUUGUCCCAAACAGUUUUCAAGUUGAAGUUCUCUUUGGACGAAUACAAAGGCAAGGACGGUAACCACUUCAAGGUGGUGGAUGCGACUCUGAAAAUUGUAGCAAAGAAUAUGAAGGUAAAUUACAAAAAUCUCUUCAAGAACAAGCUGGUCGACAAGGCGAUGUGUGAAGACUUUAAUACGAACUGGCAAGAUAUCUUGGAAUACUGGCAAAAGGUUUUGCCGAAAGUGUACGCAGAACCGUUUGGAGACGCAUUCAGUACUCUUUUGGAAAAAGUGCCAGUGAAGAACUUGGUAGAUGGGGUGGCGGCCAGCCAGCUAGUCGUGUGGGUGGGUUUCAAAAAAAGAGAAAAAUUAUUAGGGCGCCACGAGUUCGUUAUAACGCCCCUAUCGCAAUCGUCUAAUCCUGUUUUGCCUCCCCAAACUCGAAAAGAGCAGCUAGCAACCCGCAAUGAGGGGAAAAAAGAACAAAUUUAUAUCUGCAGUCUAUAUUGUACGAGCGUAUCAGCUGAGUCGAACGGCGUCUUAUCAGUAACGUGA